AUGUCUCCUACUCCUGACCUUAUGUCCGGGCACCUCGGCCACCUCACUCCUGACCAGGAAGCAAGGGUAAUUGAAUUUUGGAUCAUCAUUCUGACCUCUAUUGCAACUGUUCUGUCGGCUGUAUAUGACAUACCGAUUCCGAAGGACUCCUCCAGCAAGCUGUUUGCUGCUCUGGAUAAGAUCAAUGAGCCAACGGUGGAAGCUAUUAUUAGCGCAUUGAAGGACGAAGAUACCAAUGAAGAGACCUCAUAUGAAAUCGCACUAGCGGGAUCGAAUAGCGAAACAAAUGGAGAACUCACAACUGGAAAUUACUCCGACAAUAAAGGGCAGAAAUCACUGGACAAGGUGGACUCGCUCAUGAAUGAAAAUGCCAAAGACACCAUCAUUUCGGAAAUGGCCAACCGAAAGGUCACUCCGGCGCACUUUUCUUUCCUUUUCUCGCAACUCCGACAGCUGGGCGUGCAAGAUGCAGAGAUCAAGUCUAUGGAGCAUAUCCUCUCUAAGAUGACGCCUCGAGAAAUGUGUUUCGCGAUAUUGAAAAUGAUCAAGCAAGAAAACCCGGAUAGUUUGUUGCUCCGGUUCUUGCGCGCCAGGAAAUGGGAUGUCGGAAAGGCAUUUUCGAUGAUGGCGUCGAACAUUCUAUGGAGAAAGGAGAUGGAGGUUGAUGAAGAAAUUCUGCCCCGGGGAGAGGAAUAUGCUCUGGAGCAAUCCCGUAGUGCCAAAACUACGUCAAAGGAGAAGAAGGAAGGUGCCGACUUUAUCAACCAACUCAAGAUGGGAAAAAGCUUCCUUCAUGGCUUGGACAGGGACGGUCGACCUGUUAUCUAUGCUAGAGUGAAGAUUCACAAGCCAGGUGCUCAGAGUGAGGAAGCUCUUGAGCGAUAUAUUGUUCAUGUUAUUGAGGCGACGCGACUUAUCUUGGCUCCUCCGGUUGAAACGGGCACAAUUGUCUUCGAUUUGACAGGAUUCGGGUUAUCUAACAUGGAAUACCCACCAGUCAAGUUCAUUCUCAGAUGCUUCGAAGCAAACUACCCCGAGUCUCUGGGGCAACUGAUCAUCCAUAAUGCACCCUGGAUUUUCUCCGGCAUCUGGAAACUGAUUCACGGCUGGAUGGACCCCGUCGUCGCAUCAAAAGUGCAUUUCACGCGGUCAAUUGCCGACCUGGACAAGUUUAUUCCGCGCAGCAAGAUCCCCAAAGAGUUCUCCGGUGACGAAAAAUGGACCUAUAAAUACGACGAGCCCGUGAAAGACGAGAAUGCAGUCAUGAAAGACACCGCAACGCGCGACUCACUAAUGUACGACCGUAUGAUGAUUGGAAUCCGGAUGAUCUCUGCGACAGCAGCAUGGGUCUCUGCCAGCUCACAGUCUGACGGGAAGGACAAGGUGUCGAAAGCGGAGGAGCUCAAGUCGCGACGGAAUGCUGUUAUUGAUGAGUUCUGCGUGAACUAUUGGAAAUUGGACCCUUAUAUUCGGGCGCGGUCGUUCAUUGAUCGAUCUGGGAUGCUUUUGCCUGGUGGUGAACUUAAGCGGGAUGCUAUUGUCAACGGGCAGACAAAGUAG